UUCAUCGCCAAGAGAAAAUCUUUGAUCAAUCACAUCAUUCGUAUACUUCCCAGCUUCACAGAUCCCUACAAUACUUAUUUGAUUAGAUAUAACUCAAAUCUAGCGCCAUUUGAUGCUCCAAUGCUAUUUAUAUUAGUGAAGAGAAAUUUAAGUUCAUUUGGCCUUUCUGUGGGGCCUGGAUUUUUUUCCACUCCUCCAAAAGUUACUAACAGGAAACUAAGAUCAGGUUCACUGAGGAUAUGGAAUAUGUCCAGGAUAAUAAUUAUAGUGUUGAUCAAUUUUGUGUGUCCUAUGACAUCCUUAGUUUUAAUCUCAAUAUUUAGGAUAACAGGAACCAGUGAUGAGACUUGGACAAGUAUUAGUAUAAGCAACAUCAUGCUGUGUGUGAAAAAAGCAAAUGUAAGGCACCAGUAUAAAGUAUAUGUCAUAUGUGGUAUCACUGAGGAUACACAGAUAGGGUCAAAAUCCGUCAUUAUGUAAAUCAAACUUAAUUGGUAACAAAUAAGGAUAAGUCUAUCCCACUGUGUGGUAAGAGUUAAAAAGCUUCCAAACCUUUUAAAUCUACCAGUGAAAUUACAGUAUCCA